AUGGCCACCAGUAAUGCUGACAGCGAAAUGUCGAGUGCGACACCCACCACGAGGCCCUUUUCGCCGAGGAUCGCGACAUUACUGCAGCGAGAGCCGUCACAGCAGGAUCUGGAAGUCGCCCGACAUCUUGUCGACUACAGUGCUCAACCGUCAAUGUCAGCGCCCCGGCAGCAGCAUCAGCCCAGAUCGAGCGAUGCGAUAGGGGAGCUGCGACAAACACCUACACAGCACGACUCCCGUCCGUAUGAACACACGUUCCCCGGCGCGAGUCCGAGUGCGCAUCAGUACCAGGCGACAUCUCCAGCCAUGUCCUCGUCAUCCGGACCGUCAUCAGUCUCUCGAGCCUCCCUUUCCAUGACAAACAGUCUGCCGGCAGGGCAGGUAUGCAGCAACUGCGGAACCACCAAGACCCCACUCUGGAGACGAUCGCCAGCCGGUGCGGUCAUCUGCAAUGCAUGUGGUCUAUAUUACAAAGCACGCAACCAGAUGCGACCCGUUGGACUAAAGCGAGGUGCGCCAACCAUGCAGCAGGCUGAAGGACAGCAACACGAUCGGGGUCCUUCGCCUGGCUCUCUACAGGGCGGCGCGACAUAUGUGUCGGCAGAUCAGAGCUGCGAAGGGACAUGUCCUGGUGGAGGCAGAUGCAAUGGUACGGGAGGGCAGGAAGCGUGUGAAGGAUGUCCCGCCUACAACAACCGCAUCUCGAAGACGGCGCAGGUCGCGUUACGACAGACUGACCCGGGGCAAUCGAGCACAUCGCAUCCGCACGCCCACCCUCAUCAUCCUCCGGCGCCCACGAAUGUAGUCAUUGCCUGUCAGAACUGCGGCACCACGAUCACCCCGCUUUGGCGUCGAGACGAAGCUGGCCAUACUAUCUGCAACGCCUGCGGUCUCUACUACAAGCUCCACGGCGCACAUCGCCCUGUGCAGAUGAAGAAGGCCGAGAUCAAGCGUCGGAAACGAGUAGUACCUGCACAUGCGACGGCUUCGGAGGGUGGAUCGUAUAUCGGGAUGGCUAUGAGUGAAGUGAUGAGCGAUGGGUCUGGACAAUCAGAACGAGCGUCGAUACCGCCGUCGAUCGUAGCGACACCGAUGAGUCAGCCUGAGGAGAGCCGUCAUGCAAGGCAGAGCCAGGAACACCACGCAGCGGGACCCAUACCGGUGGAUUUUACGCAUGCCUUCCGGCAACAUGAUCAGCUGCGGAACGAGGAGCACUCCGAGAGCAAGAAGCGGUCUUUCUCUAUGAGCGAGAAGGGGGAUGCUGUGGAGCUCAACCCUGACAACAUCGAUCCGGCGCUGCCACAUCGAGGAUCAACAACAAGUAAUGCCGCUGCAAAAGAGAGCCGCCGACUGGAGCUGCGUCAAGAGGCAGAGAGGAUGAGGCUGGCAUUGGAACAGAAGGAAAGAGAGCUGCGGGAAAUGGAUGAGGAGGGAUAA